AUGCCAGCUGUCAAGAUCGCACCGAGUGUACUUGCGUCCGAUCUCGGCAAUCUGACGCACGAAUGCAAGCGCAUGAUCCAAUGUGGUGCUGAUUGGCUGCACAUGGAUAUCAUGGACGGUCACUUUGUGCCCAACAUUGUGAUGGGUGCACCCAUCAUCGGGAGCGUGAACAAGAGUGUGCCAGGUAUCUUCAUGGACUGCCACAUGAUGGUGUCCGAGCCGCUCAAGUGGAUCAAAUCUAUCGCGGAGGCAGGUGGCAAGUCCUACACGUUCCACCUGGAAGCGACGGACGAUCCUUUGGAAGUCAUUCGUCAGAUCAAGGCAUCGGGCAUGCGUGCAUCUAUCGCCAUAAACCCUGGCACACCAGCUACAGAAAUCUCAGACGAGGUGGCGCACGCUGCCGAUAUGAUUCUCGUCAUGACCGUGUGGCCUGGCGCCGGCGGCCAAAAAUUUAUUGCCGAAUGCAUGCCCAAGGUGGCAGAACUACGCGCACGAUUCCCCGAUCUCGAUGUGGAAGUCGACGGCGGCGUUGCCCCCAAGACCAUCCAUGCGUGUGCCGACGCUGGCGCCAAUGUCAUUGUGGCGGGCACCGCUGUGUUUCGUGAUCCGCGGCCGGACGCCGUGAUCCAGUACUUGCGUGAGCAGUGCGAACAGGCUCAGGCACGCAUCCGCGAAGAACGUCAGCGCAUUAUGCAGGGUGAGUCUGUGCCUGGUGCGGGCAUCGCGCACACGACGGCCUACCUGUCCGGUGACACGGAAGCAUGGCAUCAUCCACGCGCCUUUCUCCGCCACGAGAUGGCUCCGUAG